UUCCACUAAGUUGUUUAUUCGUCAUUCCCGAUCAGCCCGUUCAGCAGAUCAGAACUGUUUUAAGCCUAGUCUACUUUGCAGUGGAAACUUAUACAACUCGUACUAUGGCUAAAUUAGUGCUUCUGGGGUUAACUAUUUUGGCUGCUAUCGUCGUUAUCGACGCUGCAUCUUCUAGCCAGUGUCCUGUCGCAUCAAAGGUACAGACUUGUACUCCGAAAUGUUUGACUGAUCUGGACUGCAGUACCAGCGGCGGAAAGUGUUGUCCAAAUACAUGCAAUUUUAAAUCCUGUGUCAGCCCUAAUCAGCUGACUCAAGGUGCAUCAGGUGGAAGUGGAAACAAGUAUCAAUCCGGUGGGGCCGGUACGUAUUGCGGAAACACAAAGUGCAACUCCUAUGAGAAAUGUCAACUGGAUAAAACCACCAAACGCCAAAAAUGUGUCCGAUCCUAAAAUUUUAUUCACUGUUUAACUGUUGCUGCAAUUAAAUACAAACUAUU